UCAGAGUGCUCCCAGGUCUACAGCAGUGCUUCCGCUCCUGAGAAGAGCCUGCUGUGGCCCCCAAAGACGGCUGAGGCUGAGUUAAAAUAAAUAACUCCUUCCACAGGUCAUGGCCUAUAAAAUGCUUCAAGUGGCCCUGUGCUCAACAUUACUUCUAGGUGCCCUGGGAGCACCUUUUGCCUUCGAGGACCCAGCAAACCAAUUCCUACAUCUCAAAAGGCACAUAUACUUGCAGGAUUACUGGGACCCAGAGCACAGUCCGAAUGUGUGGGGAGACACACUGCCUGAUCAGGCUCGUGAAACGUGGACUGCUUUGAAAACAACGGCACAGUAUUAUUUGGACCCAUUUGCCUUCACCUCUUAGAUGUCUGUGGAUCAGUAAAUGUGCUUGGUUGGUUCAGCCAUGAAAGCAAUAUCAUAAAAUUUGGCAUGAAAACGUGUCAAAGCCAUGGGCUUUGUAGACCUGGGGACAAAUCCCUCUCAUGUACUAGGUGUGUUAUUGUAUCUCCUAAAGCUAUUUCCGGGAUUGGUUUUGGUUGUCUGCCCUGUAAUGUUGUUUGUUGGAAGUAGCAAACAUAACAACCAGGGCAAAGAUCAGGAACUGGAAGUUUUCAGGAAAUUAUACCUCUUCAAAGGAGAACUAAAAUGUUUUUAAUAGUCAGUUAUAACAUUAAUUUUUUUAAAAGGAACUUUUAUAGGGCAAGCAGAACCGCAUUGCAAAAGAACGGCGUCAAUAAAAUACUCUGUUCACAAUUCUUA